AUGGCCUUAUAUUUGGAUCGUAUGAAAGAGCUGGCAAAGUUACCUAGCAUCUCCGACAACCACUUUGUUCUGUCUCUCGAACACGCUAGUGGGGGCGAGAGGGCUACUACAUCAGCACAGAGUGAUACUGAAAACAAUGACAACAAUAUGGAUGUUGACAGUCCAGUGAUAAAUGAUUCAGGCAAUCCUGCUGAAAACGCUUCAGACUGGCGUCAACCUUAUAUCAGGUAUUUGACAACCAGUGAACUCCCAGAAGAUGAGCAUCUCGCUUCAAAAGUGAAAAAGAAUGCGUGGAGAUAUUCAAUGAUCGAGGGACAGCUGUACCGCAAACCUGUAGCUUUGAAGCCAUUUUUGCGAUGCAUAUCGGCAGAAGAAGGGCAACAGAUAUUGGCGGAGGCUCAUGCAGGAAUAUGUGGCAACCAUUCUGGAGGGCGCAGUCUCGCGCACAAGAUACUUGCCCAGGGAUACUUCUGGCCAUACAUGCAGAAAGAUGCUAAAGAAUACGCACAAAAAUGCAGCAACGGGCAGGCAGAAGCAACCAAUCACGUUAUAAUGGAUAAUCUCAAGAAAAGGCUGGAGAAAGCAAAUGGAAAAUGGACAGAAUAA